GAUCACACUGGACGAAAACACACAAUGAACUCGGAGUUGAAUGAAGACACAGGAGAAAUGAACGAGGAUGAUGAUGAUGAUGACGACGAUGAUGAUGAGGAGGAACCGAAAGAGAAAGAUGAUGAUGAUGAUGAAGGGUUCUCAAUGCUGUCAGAUCUGCCGGUUGAGAUGAGCGAGAGACGCCCGACCUGCCGCAGAUGCUGUCGGCCGGUAAAGGUGUGUUUGUGUCCGUAUCUCCCGGCUCUUCCUCUCGACGUCUCCACAUCUCUCUACAUCGUCCAGCAUCCGGCCGAGGAGAGUCGUGUUCUGCGCACGGUUCCGCUGCUGGCGGCCUGUCUCGCUCCGGGGAAGUGCAGAGUGUUCGUGGGACGCCGCUUCUCUGAAGAUAGGUACCCUGAUCUGGCGGCUGUGUGUCGAGACUCCUCCUCUCUCCUGCUGUAUCCCGGAGCCGCUGCCGAGAGUCUGGAGGAUCUGAGCUUCAGUUCCGCGACUCACAGCGUCAUCCUGAUCGACGGCACCUGGAGUCAAGCUAAAGACAUGUUCCUGAGGAACCCUCUGCUGCAGCUGCCCCGACAGGUCCAGCUCCGCAGCGCCCCCUCCAGUCAGUACGUGAUUCGCACACAACCCAACAACAUGUGUGUGUCCACGCUGGAGUGUGCAGCCGUCGCACUAGCCAUCAUGGAGAACAACCUCAACAUCCAGGAGGUUCUCCUCAAGCCUCUCCAGGCGCUGUGCUCCUUCCAGCUCCAGCACGGCGCUCAGGUCCACCACAGCAAAGAGCAGCUGAUCAGAAGCGGCCAGUACAACAAGAUCCUGCCCAAGAACAAGCGCAAGAUCCGCCGCAUGCAGAGGCUCCUCGGCCACGACACAUGACACUUCACUAGCCAAAUACCCUGCUCAGCUUUUAUAUUGUUAUUCGUUUUUUUUUUGGUAAUUUGUCUGUUUUAACAUGAGAUGAUGGUUUACUAAUAUAGACUUCUGAGUGGAUGAAACUGCAUCUUCUGUGUGUUUGUUGACUGUGAUUGGAGAAAUAAAGCGGAGUGAUUGUGUGAGACUGU